GCGAAGGGGAAGGAAGUGGUGGAGAACCAGAGGCCUGUCCCAGCCCCUUCCGGGCAGGCGGGCGCGGGCGGAGGCGAGCAGGGCACCGGGCGGGGCGGUGAGAAGCGCGAAUCUGAACUACGACGCGCGCGGGAAGAGCGCGGAGAGCUGCGGCGUGGAGCGGGCUGGCUCUGUUUUGUGCCCAAGCCGCAGACAGAACCAGAGAACUCCAGGAAAGGAAAGGCUCGCCAAAGGAAUUUUCCAAGGGCUCAGACGCCAGGACUUGAAGCUGCUGUGGUCAGCCAGGGAGGACAACGUGGGCUUUGAGGCUCAGUGCCUGGGGCCAUGGUGGGCCAGGCCCUGCCCCUUCACGUGGCCACCCUGCUGACAGGGCUACUGGAGUGCCUGGGCUUUGCCGGCGUGCUCUUCGGCUGGACUUCCCUGGUGUUCGUCUUCAAAACAGAGCACUACUUUGAGGAGCUGUGUGAGCCGCCGUCUGGAACACUGGGCAACACCACUGAUUGCAAAGCCCAGGAUGAGAGGUUCUCGCUCAUCUUCACCCUGGCGUCGUUCAUGAACAACUUCAUGACGUUCCCCACCGGCUACAUCUUUGACCGAUUCAAGACCACUGUGGCCCGCCUCCUAGCCAUAUUUUUCUACACAAGUGCCACCCUCACCAUAGCCUUCACCUCUACAGAUUCGGCUGUGCUACUCUUCCUGGCCAUGCCCAUGCUCACCGUUGGGGGAAUCCUGUUUCUCAUCACCAACCUGCAGAUCGGGAACCUAUUUGGCAAACAUCGUUCGACCAUCAUCACCCUCUACAAUGGCGCAUUUGACUCUUCCUCGGCAGUCUUCCUUAUCAUCAAGCUUCUUCAUGAACAGGGCAUCAGCCUCAGGGCCUCCUUCAUCUUCCUCUCUGUCUGCAGCAUCUGGCAUGUGGGACGCACUUUUCUCCUGAUGCCCUGGGGGCACAUCCCCUACCCUCUGCCACCCAACUACAGCUAUGGUCUGCACCCUGGGUUCAGCUCACAGUCCCUGGCCUGUGUGCUGGGAAUGGCACCGCAGCAACGGAAAAGAAGAACUGAGCAAGAGAACAAGGAGCUGCAGUCAAAGGAGUUCCUUUCCUCCAAGGACGAGACCUCAGGACCGGGGCAGCAGCAGGGACCUGGCUCCUUCUGGAGCUACGCUCUCUCUUGGCGCUUCGCCUGGCAUCUGGUGUGGCUGUCUGUGAUACAGCUCUGGCAUUACCUCUUCAUUGGCACUCUCAACUCCCUGCUGACCAACCUGGCCCAGGGCAACAUGGUGCUCAUCAGCACCUACACAAAUGCCUUCGCCAUCACUCAGUUCUUCGGAGUGCUGUGUGCCCCCUGGAAUGGCCUGCUCAUGGACCGGCUGAAACAGAAGUACCAGAGGGACAUGAGAAAGACAGGUUUCUCUGACGCAUCGGUGGCCCUCUUCUCGGCCGUGCCCUCGCUGGCGCUGACGUCCCUGCUGUGCCUGGGCUUUGCCCUCUGCGCCUCGGUCCCCUUCCUCCCCCUUCAAUACGUCACCUUCGUCCUGCAAGUGAUCAGUCGCUCCUUCCUGUACGGGGGCAAUGCAGCCUUCCUCACCAUUGCUUUCCCUUCGGAGCACUUUGGGAAGCUGUUUGGGCUCGUGAUGGCCUUGUCGGCCGUUGUGUCCCUGCUGCAGUUCCCCCUCUUCACCCUCAUCAAAGGCCCCCUCCAGAAUGACCCGUUCUACGUGAACAUGGCGCUGCUGCUGGUCACUCUCCUGACGUUCGUCCACCCCUUCCUGGUGUACCGGGAGUGCCGUGCUCGGAGAGAAGCCCCUUGUGCCACCGCGUAGUUCCAAGCCCUCCCUCAUCAGCCCCAAGGAUGCUGUUACCAGUCUUUCCCCCACCUCGGAGGAUCCCCGGUGCAAAGACUGCACCUGCCCAAACUGCUAUUAAGCCGCUGUUGUUUUUUUCUUAAAAAAUCCAAACAUAUCUAACCACCGCCAGGACUUCUGAUUGCAAGGACAGAAUCUUGGUCGCCAAGUGGGUCGAUGCAGUACAGACCCAAAGCGAAAGCACGGGGAAGUUCCCCUUUGCUUCCAACAGGAGGUUUUCUCCCCGGCCGUGGCCUUGGUGACCCUUGGCCCCUGCGAGGAGAUCUGCAGAAGGAGGUGUGCCACCUGCUUCUUUAGGCUGCAGGUGCUGGAACCUCUGCUGCCAGGUGGCCUCCAGGGGCAGCCCGAGGUUGUCACAGCCCAGCGGCCCCAGCUUGUCCGCCAUGGCACAGCCUUGGUUACAGAACUCACAGUGAGCGUCCAGGGGAAAGACCAGCGGAUGGGAAGCCCUGGGAAGAGUUCCUGCUCGGCCACUGGUGCUGGGGGGCCUUGGGCUGACCCUGAGCAUGAUAUUUUCCAUCUGUAGAAUGAGAGGAGGUCUGGAGUUGGAGGUUCUUUCUGGAGCUAUGAAGGACAGGACAGAGUCAGGCCACCCCGAGGGACUUGGGGACCAGCUGGCCCGCUGGGUGGGAGGAUUUCUGAUCAACUCCCUUGGGGAUAUUUUUCUUUUCAAGGUGGCUGAUGGUUAUUUACUUUGAGCAUUGUAUAGAGUUUUUCUAGGGGAUAAUUUUUCUAGAAAAAUAAAGCCUCUGUGAGUAAGGCAGCUACCGUUCCUGCUCCGUUAA